AGUUUCACGCUAGUCAUCUAGAUUUUGAGCUUUUGAUGUUUUGCUGAUGGAUCCCCAAGAGGCCCAAGAUGCGAGGGUCUCGCGUCAGGGCAGAUAUAGUGCGUGGCUGAAGAAGGCGAAGAGUGAGAAUGCACGCUGCAAGCUGCUGCAAAGUCAUAACACUCGGUACUUUACCAUCGACUUUGACUCGCAGAUCAUUUUCUAUUCGCACUCAACGUCGCAGAAGAAGGUCUCACAGCCUAUUCCUUUCAGAGACAUUCUUGGUGCCGAACGGCUACCAUUGCCUACCAAAUCGAGGAAAGGCAGAAAUGCCAUGAUUUUCGGCUUCAUCCUGAAGACCAAACAGCGAACUUUCGAACUCUUCACAAACAGCAAUGCCGACGCUGCUCAGUGGACCUUUUCCCUGAAUGCAGCGAUGGAGAUGGGAAAGCAGAAAAUGGAGCAAUUGAAGGUGCUCCAAGCGCAGGCGGAGGUUCCGGUGCGGAAUCAGGAUGACACGCCCCAGAAGGCAGCGCUGCCAACGGGAACCCGGACGGCGGCAGCGUCAGAGGAGGAGAAGGAGACGCCACGAAGGCCAAGACAGGUUGAAGCUCCACCAGCAGCAGUUUUGGAGCAGGAGGAAGAGGCAUUAGUUCCACCUCACUUGCUGAAAGCAGAGGAGCAGGCAGCCGAGAAGAAGAAGGAGGAAGAAUUGGCUGCGAAGAAGAAGGAGGAAGCAGAAGCGGCUGCCAAGAAGCAGGAGGAAGAGGCAGCCGCAAGAAAGAAGCAGGUGGAGGAGCAAGAAGCUCUAAGAAAGAAAGAGGAGGAAGCUGCGGCAAGAAAGAAGCAGGAGGAGGAGGAGGAAGCUGCAGCAAGAAAGCAGCAGGAGGAUGAAGCCGCGGCAAGAAAGAAGCAGGAGGAGGAAGCCGCGGCACGAAAGAAACAGGAUGAGGAAGCUGCUGCAAGAAAGAAGCAGGAAGAGGAGGCUGCAAGGAAGAAGCAGGAGGAGGAAGCUGCUGCAAAGAAACAGCAGGAGGAGGAAGCUGCAGCCAGAGCAAUGCAGGAGGCCGCUCGAAAAGAGGCGGCAUCUCCAGAAGGCGAGCCGAGCAUCGAGGCCCUCGAGGACCUCGCGGACCUGAAGGCUGGAGUGAAGGAUCUCCUGCAAGAUGCCUUUGAGCAAGGCUCUCUGGUAGAGGCAUUGUCCAUUUUUUUGGCCCAGGAUGUCCAUGAAGACGCUGGCGAAGCGUCCGAAUGGCAGGAGAUGAUGAGGAUGGAAGAUGCUCAGAAAGCUAAGAGCAAAAAGUCUGAUGGGAAGCACGAGAAGCGCGAGAAGAAGCGCCAAAAGGAAGAGGUCGGUACGGCCGAAUCGAAAGAUCAAAAGACGGACGAGAAGGAUCUUCCUCCUCUAAAGCCGCGACUCAAGUUGGCUCCAUUGGUGGUGCCUGGCGGUGCUCCCAACGACGAGCCCGCAAGUGGAGGAUGACCCGUGAAGGGUUCUGUGCAUCCUCCGUUUGGACCGGAUCUUUGUAGACAGCCUUCUGCUGUGAAGCUGAGUAGGAAUUAAAGGAAUGGGCCUCUCGGACUGGGAAGCCAAGCUGAGAAGUGCCGCUGAGUCCAGCACCAAAUGGUGCCCGAUAGACCUGCCAAAGUUUGCACUGGAA